GUCAGAUCCAGUCAUCCGAUCCGUCAUCAUCAGUUUUGAUGCAAAAGGGGAAGUUGGGAGGAACCGAGAGGAAGAUCUGGGAGUGACCGUUUGAGAAGCACCUCUUGACUUUAGUACAGGAGAUUGGGGCUUAGGGUCAUGGCAGGAAGAGGUGGAGCAACGAGACCUAACGGGCCGAACGCCGGCAACAAAAUCUGUCAAUUCAAACUAGUGCUUCUGGGGGAGUCCGCAGUGGGGAAGUCAAGUUUAGUCCUUCGCUUUGUAAAAGGACAGUUUCACGAGUUUCAGGAAAGCACAAUAGGAGCUGCCUUCUUGACUCAGACAGUAUGUUUGGAUGACACAACAGUGAAGUUUGAGAUCUGGGAUACAGCUGGACAGGAGCGCUACCACAGUCUGGCCCCAAUGUAUUACAGAGGAGCGCAGGCGGCAAUAGUGGUGUAUGACAUUACAAAUGAAGAAUCAUUUGCACGUGCGAAAAACUGGGUGAAAGAGCUUCAGAGACAAGCCAGUCCAAAUAUUGUAAUAGCUUUGGCUGGAAACAAGGCAGACCUUGCCAACAAGAGAGCGCUGGACUUUCAGGAUGCACAGUCAUAUGCAGAUGAUAACAGUUUGCUCUUUAUGGAAACGUCGGCAAAGACUUCAAUGAACGUGAAUGAGAUUUUUAUGGCCAUUGCAAAGAAACUACCCAAGAAUGAGCCCCAGCCUGCAGGUGCCAACACAGGACGCAACAGAGGUGUGGAUCUAACAGAAACGGCACAGCCUGCGAAAGGUCCCUGCUGUAGCAACUAAACAGCGACGGUCCUCACCUCCUAACCAACCGCAUCACAUCUGGACAUGGGGCUCCUCCUUCCAAACCUCGCUCCUUGGAUUAGCUAAAGACUCUGUAUAGCUGUGUUUCUAAUACUUUUUUUUACUUUUUAUUUUUAAGAAAAAAAAUAUGUAAAUCAGCAGUCUACUGGAUGCAUGUAUCACUACAAAUGCUAAAUACACAUUUUAACUUAAUUCAGCAGGAGAACAAACCCGGGUGAAAGUGUGCGAGAGAGAGAGUGAAAUAUUGAGUGUGUUUGUAUGUGUUAAGUAUGUGGAAUUGAUUACCUUAUAACCAGGCCCAGGCGCAAUCUGCAGACGUUUUUCUGCGAAAAUGGAUUAAAACAUGGUAAAAAUGUGUUUAACCGAGCUUAGUGGUAACUGUAAGCAUAAUCAAAUUUAGCAAAUUAAUAAACUUCAUGAAUGCAUUACAGUUCUGUGGAAAUCUGCAUGCAGAUUUCGUGUAGGCCUGUUUAUGACUCAAAAUUGAAUCCAACAAAGAGUUUUAAAUUUGCUCUAGUAAAACCGGAUCCCCCAAGUUGGUUUUGGGUUGUAGUUUGGAUGCAGUAGCUUCUCAUUCUAGUUAAGCAUUCCUCAGUGCACCUGCUGUGUCCUCAGUAUGCCACUUACUGAAGUCUAGCCAUGAUGAUAAUGAAAAUAUUGGGACUUCAUGAGCGUGACUCAUAAAGUCAUUCAGCUCUUUGGCAGCUGGAUUUUACAAAUGGCUUGGUGAAUCGAUAUUGUAUUUGGGGAUAAAGAACAAAUCAAGGAAGGCAGUCAGUAAAACAUGUUCAGCCUGCUGUAUGAAUGAUUAUUAUUAUUAUUAUUAUUAUUAAUUGGGACUGUUUACUCAUCUCUGUUAUGCUUAUACAAUUAAUGUCAGGCCCAGAUGGAAUCUGUGCAUUUUUUAAGAGCAAAAUCUACUGAAUUUGGAGGAUUCAAAUGUUAAAACAUGUUCAGUGGACUAUAAGCUUAUUGGUAGCCAUGCAUGUAAUAAAUUUGCAAAAGUAUUUCAUUUAAAAAAAACAAACAAACAUGGGAUGCAUGCAAGCCCGUUUCCACCACAUAAUAAAAAAAAUGUAUGUAAUUUUAUCUUUUCUCGAAAUUGCAACAAAAAGAGUCGACAUUGUUCUAACAAUUGUGAUAUAUAAAGAAAAAAAUAUAUGAGAAUUAUGAGCAGCAAAACAUACAAACUGUUGGAAGUUUAUGAAAAUUGGUUUAAAGUUUAAAAAAAAAAAAAGUUUAAAAUUGGAAGUUUAUACUGCAAUUCUGAGUUUGUAUCUCACAAUUCUGAAAAAAAAGCAUUUAAAAUUUUGAAUUUAGAAUUAUUUUUUGUUGUUGCAAUUCCACGUUUACAUUUCACAAUUCCGAGUUUGUUGCAAUUCUGACUUUUCCUCAGAAUUGUGAGAAAAUCUGAAUUGUGAAAUAUAAUCUCAUAAUUCCAAGGAAAAAGUCUGAAUUGUGAGAUAAGUUGCAAUUACCUUUUUUAUUUUUACCCCAUUGUGGAAACAAGCUUUCAUAUGUAAAAUGUUUGGCUAUUUGAACUCUGCGCAAAUUUUGUGUGGGCCUGCCAAUUAUCAGUUAAAGAACAAAAAAAAAAAGAAAGAAAGAAAAAAUAACUUCUCUGACAUCUUUCCCUGCAAUUUUUAUUGUAAUCUUACUGGAAGUCAUGGGCAAACUGUAUCAUCGCCUGAUUACGUCAGUGAUGCAGUGCAGUUUUGUGUUGUCGCAUGUACUCUGAAGACUAAAGGCGUGUGUUUGUGGGCAAAUUUAAAUGAUACAUGCUAUCAGGCAUAAAAGACUGUGUAAAGGCCUUUGCUUCUACACAUUGGAGACUUGGAGAUCUUUCAAUGUUUUGUGGGCAGAAAGAAACCCAGCAAGUCUACAUCAUUUAGGUUUGCCUGCCAUGAUGGACAGUAAUUUGCACACUGUACAGCUUCUCAUAAAUCCUACUACCAGUUUUGAGUUUCUUUUAAUGGAGAAUCAUGUUUAAAUGGUGGUCUUUUUAAUGUACGUAGUGUUAUUAACAAAUGAUAUUGACAUUUAGUCAGUGGUCUGUCUUGUACCUUCUCUCAAAAUGCUCAAUGUUUUUAUUUCUAAGAACCUAUUGAAUUGCACAA